UGUGAAAGUUAGCAAAAUAUUCAGAACUCAUAUUGUGUGACCCAUCUUCUAAAUGCUAAUAUAUUAUUAUUAUUGUUGUUUUUUUGAUUUUUGAGUAGUUCUAGAGUUCAGUUUGUGUUGGGAGGUCUAAUAAACUUGCCGGGCGUGAAAAUAGUUCAAUAAAAAAAAUUAAUAGAAAUAAAAAAAAUUAACAAAAAAAAAAAAAUUAAAUAAAAAAAAACUUGGAAAAGCAUAUCUUGGUUGAUAGGAAAUUCAAGAAAAACUAGUAAAAUCUUGUCUUGCCUUGAACGAACUUCCUACCUUAAGCAAAGUAGAAGAAAAACCCAAAAAACAAUCUUUCAUACUUGUAUCUUUGAAAAUGGUCCAAAGAAAGGUGACACACAAUAAAUUUGGUAUCCAACCUUGUAAUAAAACCACCAUCAAAACUAGGAAAAAGCAAGACAACACCAAACCUUCCUUCCAUAAUAACCAUGAUGAUAUGGGUCAAGGGGCGGAUUUGAAGGCCAUCAAGAUGAUGAAGAAGUCUCGGCCGAUCGAGAUUAGCCUCCGUCAAAGCGGCCAUGACGUGUCUCGCCAUCCCGGAAAACCACCUACCCAUGUUGCAGCAAGCCUCAAAAAACCAUCAUCAUGUAAGUCUCCUUGUACUCGGCCGAAUUAUAUGAAGAGUACAAGUAGUUUUGAGGCAAGAAAGGAAGAAGCAACUCAGGUCAGCUGCUCAAAACAGCACAAAGUAGCGAAAACAUCUAGUUUUAAAGUAGUAAGGACCUUAUCAAAGGCCCCCAGCUUUAAGCACUGUGCAAGAACAAUAACAACAACCUGUUCAUCAACCCUGAAAGAUGCAAAGUUUCCUCCUUACCUUAAACUCAAGCCUGGAGCAACUGAAUCUGAAGGAAGAUCAGUAAAAAGAGUCUGCUCAUAUAACCAUUGUUCUCUUAAUGGUGAUCACCAUAACCGUGCACCUCCUUUGAAGCGUUUCAUGUCUUCAAAACGCAGGCUGCUGAAGACUCUGAAGGUUAACAGACCGGAAAUUCUUCCACCUCGUAAAGGUAAAGCAAAGCGUUCUGAGUGUAAGGGGAGAGGAGUAGGGGAUCAAAAUGAGGAUUUCUUUGUUGAAAUCUAUGUUCCGGAUAGAGGGGUUGAUACACAUGUGUCUGAAAGCGUAUCAGAUGGUCCGCGCUCUGAGAUUGAUCAAAGUGAAGAAACUAAUUUGUCAGACUUGAGUUUUUGUCCUACAAAUGAAUAUUAUCCACCAACACCUGUUCAGAGCGCUACUAGUGUCAGUUUAGAUGCAUUUUUCUGUGAAACCUCUGACAGAGAGUGGGAAGAAGAGAAGACAAUUUGUACUAGCGGUGAAACUUACGUUCAGAGCAAUCAGAGUAAUGAUCAAGAUAAACCUGAUUUUGAGACAGUCAGUAGUGUUGACUAUGAAUACCCACCAUAUUUUUAUGAUGAAAUUGUGGAGUACCUAUGUUUCAGUGAUGCUGAUUCUUUACCAGAUACUCAGACAGGUGAAAGGAACAUAGAAGAGCCAGUUAUGGUAGAAGAAAAGUAUGAAAUGAAUUCUGGACCAAAAAAUGAGGUAGCUGAAGAGGAUUCUACCCAGGCAGAAGAAGCAACUGUACAUGCCACUGAGCAAGAAAACGAGUCUGCUGAUAAGCAGGGCACAAUUAUUUCUGACCUCGUUGAGAAAAUUCCGGAAGCUCAAAACGAAGACCUUGAUUCUUAUCAGGAGCCAGUUGGAACAGAUGGUGAUGAAUCAAACAAAUAUAACUAUAACAUAAAUGCAGAAAUCAGAGAAGACAAUCCUGCUGAUCCUGUCCUGGGAGAAGGAGAUUCAAUCAAGGAAAUUACAGGCAUACCACAAAUAACUGAAAAUUCAGAUGCAAAGGAAGGAAUUUGCAUGGACAAUAAUGAUGAUCGAGACGGUACUGAUCAAAGUGAAGAUGUCGCAACCCUUGCAGGACAAGAAGAGACUGAGGCUGCAAAUUCUGAAGAAGAGAGUGAUUCAAUUGAGUUCAAAUUUGACUCCAAGAAUAAUGUUGAAGAAGAAAAAACAGCAGGAAUGGAAGAUAGUAAAAGGACAGAAGAAGUGGGUAAAUGCAAUUCCAACAACAGAGAAUCUGAUGCCAACCAGGAAAGCUGCAACAAUCUAAAGAGAGGGAUGAGAUGCAAGAAAGAAGACGAAUAUGAUGAAGAGAGAGGAUUCAAUCCACGAGGACCAAACUUCUUAGAGAUUGAACCCGACCCAGAAGCAGAAAAAGUGGAUCUGAGGCACCAAGAGAUGGAUGAUAGGAGAAAUGCGGAGGAGUGGAUGCUUGAUCAUGCAUUACAGAAGACAGUCAACCAACUCACUCCAGCACGAAAGAGGAAGGUAGCACUACUAGUUGAAGCCUUUGAAGCUGUACUGCCUCUACCAAAGGUUGAGUCUUCCAUCGGGAAUAAUUCAUCAGGUUUUGACCAUGAAAGACUCAUUCAAGCUUGUCUUCAAUAACAUUCCUCUAGUUAGUUUAUGAUGUUUAAAUUCUACCAUCUACUUAUUUCACAUUGUAUAUAGAUGAGAAAAUGUAUCUGCUGCUCAUUGGCAUUGCAAAAGGGCAACCAAAAUAUAAAGCAGUUUAACUUUUCAUGUACUGCAGUAAUUUAUCUAACUAUUUAACUGAAAGAAAUUUGAGUAUCUAAA